UUCUCUGGUCACUUUGUAUGUGAAAGUACGAGGGCGUUGCUAAUACCUUCCCAGGUGUCCUAGGAGCAACCGGCGCAGUGGGAACGCGCUUCAUCCUCCUGCUCGAGAAAAGCCCCUUACUCGAACUGGUAGCGGUAGGUGCUUCGGAGAGGUCAGCGGGUAAGAAAUAUCGCGAUGCCGUGCGCUGGAAACAAGCGUCGCCGAUGCCUGCCAGCGUUGCAGACCUGACCGUCCGCCGCUGUGCCCCCUCUGAAUUCUCAGACUGUGAUAUCAUUUUCUCCGGCCUGGAUCCUGUUGCUGCUGGUGAUAUUGAGAUGGCAUUUCUCAAGGCAAACUUUGCUGUCUUUUCCAAUGCGAAGAAUUAUCGACUGGAUCCUAUAGUACCCCUGGUGGUGCCCUUGGUGAACGCGGGGCACAUCGAUGUGAUUCCGGCGCAAAGGAAGCAUUAUGGACUUGACAAGGGACUGAUCGUUUGUAACUCAAAUUGUGCGGUCGUGGGACUGGUAAUUCCGGCCAAGGCACUUAUUCAAAAGUUUGGCCCUAUUGAGUCAGUGAGCAUGGUGACCAUGCAGGCUGUGUCAGGAGCAGGCUAUCCUGGCGUCAGCAGCAUGGACAUCUUCGAUAACAUUGUACCCUUCAUCCCUGGCGAGGAGGGCAAGAUCGCCACCGAAUCACGCAAGAUUCUAGGCAAUUUGAACCCAGACCUCGCUGGGUUCAGCGACCAACAACCCCUCCAAGUUUCCGUUGCGUGCAACCGCGUCCCAGUGCUCGACGGCCAUACCGUCUGUGCAUCCUUACGCUUCGUAAAUCGCCCUGCACCCACCGCGAGCCAGGUCCGCGAUGCGUUGAGAGAGUACAAAUCAGAGGUUCAACUGCUAGGGUGCCCUUCCGCGCCAAGGCAGGCUAUUCAUGUUCUAGAUGAUGUGGACAGGCCGCAGCCCCGCCUCGAUAGAGACACCGAAGCGGGCUAUGCUUGCAGCGUAGGGAGGAUUAGGGAAGAUGAUAGUGGGGUUUUUGACAUUCAGUUCGUUGCUCUCAGUCAUAAUACAGUUCUAGGUGCAUCAGGCAGUAGUAUCUUGAACGCGGAGAGCGCGAUUCUGAAAGGAUAUAUAUAACUUCGUCCGCCCCCUGGGUAGGUUGCUACACCGCGAACGACCUAUUCGUUCGUGGCACAUGCUCUACGCCUGAUCCCCUUAUGCGCUGAGCGACUUUGGUCGCCAACCUCCGUACCACUGUGGACCCUCGAAUUUCAUGAGAGAUCAUGGUGUAAAAUAUCUUCUUAUCCUAGACGUCACAUACAUGUGAAAAAAAAUCUAAGCAAAAAGAAUUUAAUAUAAAAGACCAACGCAGUGUGCUGGGAGUUCAGUGGCUUUUUAAUCUCGGAGCAACUUUAUGUUAUGUUGAUAUUCCUCGAGAAUUGAAAGCAUGCCAGAUGAAAAUUGUGAGGUCGAUUUUUUUUUUUCUUUUUUU